AUGUCGGAUUUUAUUCCCAUGCCACAAGCUGGAAGGUUUCAUGGCAGAGGAGGCAAUCGGAAUCAUCGGAAUCAUAGCAGAGGACGGGGUCGGGGCGGAAGAGGUGGCCGUGGUGGAAGAGGAGGUAGAGGACGAGGAGGCAGAGGCAGAGGCAGAGGUAGAAGUUAUGGCAACGUCGAUGUUUCCUUUGACAAAAUUGAGGAGAUUGGCGAGCCAUCUACUGAUUCGAUAUCGAUUGCAGUAGAAGGUUGUUGUCAUGGAGAACUCGACCGAAUUUACGAGCGAAUCGAAGACCAUCAGAAGAAGACUGGCCAACGAAUUGAUUUGUUAAUUUGUUGCGGAGAUUUUCAAUCUCAUCGAAAUGCUGGCGACUUUCUCAGCUCAUCCAUUCCACCAAAGUAUCGUCGCCUUGGAACAUUCCCUCGAUACUAUGCAGAGGAAAAGAAAGCUCCCAUCCUAACACUGUUCAUUGGUGGUAACCAUGAGGCAUCACAGCCCUUGCGUGAAUUGUAUUUGGGAGGUUGGGUUGCUCCUAACAUAUACUAUCUAGGAGCCGCAGGGGUGGUAAGAUAUGGUGGCUUGAGAAUUGGUGGAAUCAGUGGAAUAUACAAAAGUCAUGAUUUCAAGAUGGGGCAAUAUGAAAGUCCACCCUAUGAUAGAUCGACGCUGCGGAGUGUAUACCACGUUCGCAACGUGGAUGUCUACCGAAUGAAAUGUCUCCAAGAUUCCGAAGAAAGAUUGGACGUCAUGGUUAGUCAUGACUGGCCACUGGGCAUCUACCAGCAUGGCAAUGCAAACGAAUUGCUCCGCAAGAAACCUUUCUUUCGUCAGGAAGUGGAACAGAAUGAGCUUGGUAGCCCAGCCAAUCAAGAUAUUCUGUUUACGAUAAAGCCAAAAAGAUGGUUCUCUGCCCAUUUGCAUGUCAAGUUUGAAGCAAUAGUUGUUCAUGGAAGGGAAGCCAAGACUUCGAACGAGAGCGAAACUGCAGAACUAGUACCAUCUCAAGUGGCCCAAAAGGAUUUAGCAAACAAUAAUGCAGAGGUAGCCCAGAAAAUCGACGAAGAAUCGGCUGUUGCUGAAGAAGAAACUACCUUUCAUGGGCUGGAAUCCAACAAAAAUUGUAACGGCCCUGAUCUGACGGAACUAAUGACUAAGUUUCUGGCUCUGGACAAGUGCUUACCGAGACGACAGUAUUUGUCUGUGAUACACAUUCCCGUCGGCACUCAUUCGGGGGAAGCUCAGUUCGAAUAUGAUCCCGAGUGGCUGGCGAUUGUCCGAAAAACCAAUCACCUGACAUGCAAGGAAAAGCGACCAGUUUCAGUCCCAUCCCAGCCCAUCGAGGUAUCAGUAGAGGACGCAAAAUGGGUGAGAGAGAGGAUAGUAGAGCACAAUGGAAGUCUGCGUAUCCCAACAAACUUUUCUCGCACAGUUCCUAUCUACUCACAUCCCAUGUUCCAAGGAAGAUGUCGGCCGUUCCCUGCAAUGGGAAACCCUCAAACUGAUACGCUCUUGUCGAUACUUGAUCUUGAACAUUUCAUCACAGUCCCAUUUGAUUCAUCGUCACUUCUUGAUGGGAAUAUUGAGGAUGAGAACGAGAUCGAAAUUGAUGACAUAUCAGACAAUGAAAACGGUGCUCAAGACGAAAACGAGAUUGAGAUUGAUGACAUGUCGGAAGAGAAUGGCGGCGAAGCCGCAAUACCACCAGUGGAGGGCAAGAAGGAUCCCACCACAGAUGAAAAGGAAACCAAGAUUGGCAAUGAACCAUCGAUUGGCAAUACAAAGGAUGUCGCAGAAGAUGAGAAUGAAAUCGCUCUUCCUCACCAGGAAGAGGACGAUUGUUCAGGACACACGGGUUCAGGUCCCGUAGUAAAGAAAGUACGCUAUGGGGAAUAA